UUCAGCAUGUCAGUGGCUCUGCGCACUCAGCUGUUCCUCUUCCUGAUCUCCCUCUCAUCGAGGAUGGGGCUCAGUCGCUACAUUGAGGACAACGAAGCUUCAGAUGGAUUAUAUUCUCUGCUCAAUUUGGACCAGAAAAGAGAAUCAGAGGAUUUUGUUUUCCGCCGACCUCUCAGAUGUUUGGACAUGCUGGCCACUGAUGGCUACUUCACCUUUGUGGCGUCUCAGCCACAGCUGGCCUGUGCUGCUUUUGUCAUCGCUGAGCCCAGUGAGGUCAUCAGUCUGGAGCUUACUGACGUCAGCAUCGACUGCAACGCCGGGGACUUCAUCAAGAUGUUUGACGGCUGGGUUCUGAAGGGAGAGAAAUUCCCCAGCAGGCAGGACCACCAGCUCCCUCUACACCAGCGCUACACAGACUACUGCUCGUCCCCAGCACCAGGAGCCACCAGCCGCUCCUCUCAGAACGUCGCCAUGAUUUUCUUCCGCAUUCACAGCCCCGACAGUGGCUUCACCCUCGCUGUCAAAAAGCUACACAACCCAUUCCCCUGUAACAUCAUGUCUCAGAGUCCAGAGGGCAGUUUCACCAUGGUGAUGCCACAUCAGCGCAGGAACUGCAGCUUCUCCGUCAUCUACCCCGUGGAGAUCCGACUGACAGAACUCAGCCUGGGGCAGGCCGUAAGCAAUGAACUAAGCCCACAGAGGCAGGUGUGGUCAGGCUGUUCGGGGUCAGGUGACUAUGUGGAGCUGCUAGGGGGGAAUGGAGUGGACACCUCUAAGAUGUUCCCUGUAGCUGACCUCUGUUUCUCCCUCAGUGGUCUUGCCCAGAUGAAGAUUGGUUGUGAUAACUCAGUGGUGAGGCUGGUGUCCAGUGGGAACUAUAUCAACCGUGUGUCCUUUCAGUACCGACUACUGGAACAGCGCGAGCUCCCCAAGACCCGAGAGAACAGUCUGGACAACUUCUGCGCUGUGGAAUGAGAUCACACACACACACACAAUCACAGAGUCAUCCAUCUCUCUGUAAAUACACCAGUUUGACAAAUGCUGUCAAUACAAGUUUUGUAUUGUUUUGGCCAAAUAUUUUAUUUAGUGUCCUGAUUAUGUUAGCUUUGAUUAUAGUGUAUUUAUUUGAGAAAUAGUUUUAAUUAAUGGGUGAUGGUGGAUUUAAUUGUUCUCCUUUAGGUAAUUUGUCAAGAAAAUCUGUGAUACAUUAUAUUUCUUGGCAGCGGCAUUCAUUUCCAACCUUCCCUCUGUUGUUCUUAGUUUAUAUCAGUUUUAGUUUUCUUUGGGGGGGUUUAAAUCUCUGCUGUCUCUUCUGUUUAUAUUGCCUUGACAAUUUGAAAAUAAAUAUGACUUGCAUGAUAAAGCGCAUUUUUAAAGUUCUGCUUUUGUGAGUCACUCUGUUUUUUUGAGCUUCCUUCAACUUCAUUAUAGAGCUGCAUGUUCAUUUAGUGUUUGUUUUUCUAGUAUGCUUCUGCAGGAUCCAUCCAUUUCACCCUUAACCACCAUACUGUCAUAUUCUUUAGAUGUGAAAAUGUGAGAAUAUUCUUCAGUUUAGUCCAGCACUAAAUACAAUACGUGAUGUGCUUGUGUGGUACUGUGUUUUUAAUGUUUACUUAUUUGGCAGAAGAUUUAUCUUUUAGCAAAACUGUAUCACAUUUACAUACCCAUAAGUUGCUUUGAGCAACCACCGUUGGUUUUGAUGAGGAAGCAGAAUUUCUGAAGUUGGUCAGGAGAUUCAAAUCUUGCUCUUUUAGCCAGGCUAGCGACACCACUUUGACACAUCGUCUUGUUUGGAUUACAGGAUUUUGCUGCCCUCUAUCAAUGGUGCAUGGUUAUGAUAAUUACUAAACACUAUGGUAAAAUUACUAAUGUCAUUCCUUUAUUUGGAUGUUGAGUGGGUGAGCUUGCCAAUGAAUUUUUUUUUUUUUUCUGUAGCAGCCAUUUAAAUGUAUUUCCACAGUGUUAACACAGCAAUGUUAAAAUGCAUGCACAGACACAUAUACACGUACACCUUAAACCAAAACUAAAUUCUAAAACCUAUAAUUUUAGACCAAAUGCUUGCAGUGCAGUCAGAGAUGACAUCAGUGAUAUACCCUACAAUGAUACAUGUGUGUAAAAGUACAAUGUAAAUGUGUAUGUGUAAUCCAAAUAUUAAAAUAUGUCCUUGGCAAUCAGUAUUAAGCAA